AGCAACGCGGGUCCCGCUAGCCUUACGGCUCCGAACUCGGUGGUCUUGGAGGCUCCGCCGGAAGGGGGACAAGAUGGCGGAGGAGGAGUUCUCCAAUGCCACUCAUGAGGGCUUCAAUGUCACCCUCCACACCACCUUGGGUGUCACAACAAAACUGGUGCUGCCAACCCCUGCCAAGCCCAUUCUUCCAGUGCAGACUGGGGAGCAGGCUCAGCAGGAGGAGCAGUCAAGUGGCAUGACCAUCUUCUUCAGCCUCCUUGUCCUGGCCAUCUGCAUCACCUUGGUGCACUUGCUGAUCCGGUACAGGCUGCACUUCUUGCCUGAGAGCGUCGCUGUUGUUUCUCUGGGUAUUCUCAUGGGAGCAGUGAUAAAAAUUAUAGAGUUUAAAAAACUGGCAAAUUGGAAGGAGGAAGAAAUGUUCCGUCCAAACAUGUUUUUUCUCCUUUUGCUUCCGCCUAUCAUCUUUGAGUCUGGGUACUCCUUACACAAGGGUAACUUCUUUCAAAAUAUUGGUUCCAUCACCCUGUUUGCUGUUUUUGGUACGGCGAUCUCUGCUUUUGUAGUAGGUGGAGGAAUUUAUUUUCUGGGUCAGGCUGAUGUAAUCUCUAAACUCAACAUGACAGACAGCUUUGCAUUUGGCUCCCUGAUAUCUGCUGUGGACCCAGUGGCCACCAUUGCGAUUUUCAAUGCACUGCACGUGGACCCUGUGCUCAACAUGCUGGUGUUUGGAGAAAGCAUUCUCAACGAUGCAGUCUCCAUUGUUCUAACCAACACAGCUGAAGGCUUAACAAGGAAAAACACGUCAGACGUCAGUGGGUGGCAAACCUUUCUACAAGCCCUCGGCUACUUCCUCAAAAUGUUCUUCGGCUCCGCAGCCCUAGGCACCCUCACUGGCCUAAUCUCUGCAUUAGUGCUGAAGCACAUCGAUCUGAGGAAAACGCCCUCCCUGGAGUUCGGCAUGAUGAUCAUCUUUGCCUACCUGCCCUACGGCCUGGCAGAGGGGACCUCGCUGUCAGGCAUCAUGGCCAUCCUGUUCUCGGGCAUUGUGAUGUCCCACUACACCCACCAUAACCUCUCCCCGGUCACCCAGAUCCUCAUGCAGCAAACCCUCCGGACUGUGGCCUUCCUGUGCGAAACAUGUGUGUUUGCAUUUCUUGGCCUGUCCAUUUUUAGUUUCCCUCACAAGUUUGAAAUUUCCUUUGUCAUCUGGUGCAUAGUGCUCGUCCUGUUUGGCAGAGCGGUCAACAUUUUCCCUCUUUCCUAUCUGCUGAAUUUCUUCCGUGACCAUAAAAUCACUCCGAAGAUGAUGUUCAUCAUGUGGUUUAGUGGCCUACGGGGGGCCAUCCCCUACGCCUUGAGUCUGCACCUGGACCUGGAGCCCAUGGAGAAGCGGCAGCUCAUUGGCACCACUACGAUCAUCAUUGUGCUCUUCACCAUCCUGCUGCUGGGUGGCAGCACCAUGCCCCUCAUCCGCCUCAUGGACAUUGAGGAUGCCAGGGCUCGCCGCAGGAGCAAGAAGGACGUCAACCUCAGCAAGACCGAGAAGAUGGGCAACACAGUGGAGUCGGAGCACCUGUCGGAGCUCACGGAGGAGGAGUACGAAGCGCACUACAUCAGGCGGCAGGACCUCAAGGGCUUCAUGUGGCUGGACGCCAAGUACCUCAACCCCUUCUUCACACGGCGGCUGACCCAGGAGGACCUGCACCGCGGGCGCAUCCAGAUGAAGAGCCUCACCAACAAGUGGUACGAGGAGGUGCGCCAGGGCCCGUCAGGCUCCGAGGAUGACGAGCAGGAGCUGUUCUGACGGCGCGAGGGCGAAGCUUCUGGGGCCCGGGACUCAGAGGCGCCAGCUUGCUUUCGGCAGCUUCUCCAGGAUGUAAGACCAGCAAGUAUAAGGUGGCUGCUCCCCUUGAAGUUUCUAGGCCUUUGGAGCUAGCUGGUUCAGAAAUGCCUGUCAGCCCCAAACUCCCUGCUGAGCCAGCCCGAGUGGCUGACCACAGUCCCAGGUAAAUGCUCCCCUCCUCUGCCAGCAGGGGCUGCCCAGAGCCUGCUGGGAGCCAGCCAGGGACUGCCAGCCCAUUCCAUCCUCCACCCCUGGAACAGCCUGCAGGCUGGGUGGCAUCUGUGCUUCUGUGAGGAACAGCAGCCAUUCUGACCCAGUGGCAAGACCUAGAGAUCGCAGUGUCCCUCACUCCCUGAGAAACACUGAAGGACCAUUCUCCAGCCUCUAGCUUGCCUGCCCUGAUGUCAGCAGGGUCCACCUCUCCUGAGCUCCAAGGGAUGCUGCCAGCCUGAGCCCUUCCCGGGCCUUCCUGUGGCAUCACAGCGCCCUCUAGUGAGAGGAGUGGGAAGUAUGGGGUCCUGUGGACAGCGCAGUGACAAAGCGCGAGCAUCGUAACCACCCCACCCUCUGCUCCCUGUCCCCGGCCCGUCCUCCCAGGCUGCUGUUUACCUGCCACCACCCUCACUGCUGCUCAGGGCUCUGUCCCUUCUCUCUCCCAUUCCCCGCCAUCUUGGGUUCCAUCUGAGCCAGGCUUCCAGAGCAGGGAUUCUACAAUCACACCUGGGACACAAGUGGCCUCAAGUCACACCCCCGUGGGUCCGGUGCCUGGGUGCUGGCUCACCUGCCCUUUCUGUAACUGCUGUACUCUGCCCAGUCCCCACGCAUGGCUCUGGGGGGGGUCUAUGCCCUCGGGUGAGUGAAGUUGCUGUGUGCAUGCCAUCCCGGGCUGCUGAGCGAGGGUAGCUUGGUGCCAUCUCGGGUACUCAGACCCUCAGUGCAGGGCAGAGAAGCCACCAGUGCAUCUUGCAGGGCAGUGCUGGCUGGGCCAAUGUCCCCGGCUGUGGAAGUGCCCACCCGAGUCCCCAGACCCCAGUGACCCACAGAUCCCUGUGUAUGGGGAAGGGUUUAACUGUGUUUCCAGGCCAGCAGACGGAUGUGGCCUUCUGAGCGCAUGGGUCCCUGAUCCCAUGGGCUGCACCCUGGCAGAAGGAGCCCCAGGCAUGGUGGCUGGGCUGCCUGGGCCCGGAGCUGCCCUCGGUGCCAUGCAGAUCUUUAUCUGCCCCGAUGAAGAGCCUGAGGUGGAGAGCGGAAGCCACCCGCAGUCCGGCCUGCUGGCUGCUACCCCUCCUCUGCCGGAGCCUGCAGUGGGCAUGGCUCCGUGCUGGACAGAGCCAGAGCCCGGCCUUGGAGCUGACAGCUGCUCUGUGACACACAAGGCUCCCUCCUUCUGGGCUCUUGCCAGUUCCCAAGUGCGGGGCAUACCUCGGUGCUAGGGAAGGACCAGAGCGUUUCUCCCCCGGCUCCUCGCUGCUCUGCUGCCCCUUCCCGGCCCCAGGGGGCAAAAGUGCCGUUGUGUACCCUGGCCUCAGUGAGGGCUCAUCCCCACUGUGCAGCCAGACUGGGCUGGAUAGAGAUUGCGGGGAGGGGCUGUGUGCCCUGGAGGCCACCGCAGGUGUGCAUGAGGGAGGCAUGGUGCGCCCAGCCUCCACCGGAGCUCAGACCCCCCUGCACGGCCAGGGCCCUGCAUUCUCAAGCUCCUCCCGGGCAGCUUUCCCUGGGGUUUCUGGAGCUCUGAGGCUGGGCCUGUGCCCCUGCAGGCCUCUUGCUGCUCCUCUGGGAGGGGGAGGGGAGGCCGAGGGGGGCCGGGCCUCCUUUUUGCCCCUGCUUGUCUUGUCUUACACAUUUAGAAGUGGUUGGAGAAGUCACAUCACUGGAUAUUUAUUUAGAAAUAAAGAUGCUGCUCAAUCAGA